UCAAUGGUGUCUAAACUGUCUUCACAGGUCAAACAGAGAGUGUCAGAUUGAUCAGCACCACCGUAACCAGUGUCAGUACUGCCGUCUGAAGAAGUGUUUCCGGGUCGGUAUGAGGAAAGAAGGUCAGCAAACCACAGUUCAGCGUGGUCGAAUCCCUCCCUCUCAUGCAGGCAUCAGUCCAGCCUCCAUGGUUGGUGUGGGUGGUGAUGUUGGAGGAGGUCAAGGCAUGGGUGCUGAAUUCUUCAAUGGUCAGCCGGUGUCUGAACUCAUCUCUCAGCUGCUGAGAGCAGAGCCGUACCCCAACAGCCGCUACGGAGCCCAGUGCGGCCAGCAGCUCGCAGGAGGCAACAGCUCCGUCAUGGGCAUCGACAAUAUAUGUGAGUUGGCGGCCCGGCUGCUCUUCAGUACCAUCGAAUGGGUGCGGAAUAUUCCCUACUUUCCUGACCUGCCCGUGUCGGAGCAGGUGGCCCUUCUGAGGCUCAGCUGGAGUGAACUGUUCAUCUUGAAUGCAGCUCAGUCGGCUCUGCCGCUGCAUACGGCCCCUCUGCUGGCAGCUGCUGGUUUUCAUUCCUCCCCCAUGCCCGCUGACCGCGUCGUGUCCUUCAUGGACCAGGUGCGGGUCUUCCAGGAUCAGGUGGACAAGCUGACACGACUGCAGGUGGAUUCGGCCGAAUACAGUUGUCUGAAAGCCAUCGCUCUGUUCUCACCAGACGCGUGUGGGCUGUCAGAUCCGGCGCACAUCGAGAGCCUGCAGGAGAAAGCACAGGUGGCCCUGACCGAGUACGAGCGUAUGCAGUAUCCAGGUCACCCACAGCGCUUCGGCCGACUCCUGCUGCGACUGCCCGCCCUGAGAGCCGUUCCCGCCAACCUCAUCUCUCAACUCUUCUUCAUGCGGCUGGUUGGCAAGACGCCCAUUGAGACGCUUAUCCGGGACAUGCAGCUUUCUGGAAGCUCCAUCAGCUGGCCAUACGUGCCUGGACAGUAGAUGAACAAUCAAGAGACUUGUUCCCGUGUCCCAUCUCAGGCUGCUCCCAUGAUUCCACAGUAACCGUGUGGGUAGAUGUUGUGUUUCGGGUUUUGUUGAUUGUGUAUAUACUGUAUGUCUAAAAGAGGUUCACGCGUAUGUUGCUAUGCAGUUUCAAUGAGCCAUCCAGCACCAAGAUACCUCAUGUUUCACAUCAUGAGCAUCAACAAAUUCUGUCGAGAACAUUUGAUGAGAAACAGAGGACUGAUUAUGAAGAAGUUAGCUGAUAUGUGACAGAUCCAAAGCUUUAAAGAAGAGUGUACAAUACCUUCUUUUUCAGAGCAUAGUGAACUAUUUUAAAGCUAGUGUAGACGUACGGUAAGAAUCUUUGUAACAGACUGCAUUUGUGAGAAAAAUGUUGGGUUAUAUACUUGAAAAAUCAAUGGUGAACAAUGAAUGGCUAUGUUUAGAAUGGAAUACUUGCAUACUGCACACUACUGCUUUAUAUUGAAUAGUAUGUGAAACAGUAUGAAAUAUGCAAUAUUACAUACCCCAAACCGUACUAUGCUACAUUUUGAUCUCAUUAUAUUACACGUUUAUCAUGUAAAUAUGGUACACUGCAUUAUGGGAUACAGUAUUCUGUGCAGUGUGCUUUGGUUGUGUUCGGAGUACUUCCAGUUAUUACACACUAUGCACGGUAUACAUACUAUAUACCAAAAACAUUAAGAGUAGUAUGGUAGUGUGCUAUUCUGAACAUAGACCAUGCCUUCGAUUGUCCUAUUUAAACAGUUCUGGUGAAUUUUUCAAUGGUGUGGAGAAAUGGUAUAAACUUUUACAUUGCCGACUGUGGGGAAAUAUCAAGUAUUUUUGCAUACUAAAAAUAAAAAUGAGUGAUAAACAAACAAGCAAGUUAUUAUGUAAGAAGAUUGUUAAUGAAAAAAAAACACACAUUUUCAGCAGUGUUAGUCAAAUAUAUAACCUGCAAACAAGAAAAAAGGAUAUUUGUUCCAACUUUUUUCGUCUGAAGUUUAUGACUUGUAUUUCGAAGAUUAAUAAA